AUGCCACCAGCUACGGUCGUCUUUGGAGGCGACGCCUUCCAGCCCGAUGGUAUUCACGUCAUCGUCGAUGCCACCAACAUCCCAGACGAUGUGUGGAUCGACAUUUUCGAGUCGAUCGACUCUCCAGCCACACUCGCGGUGCUCAUGCGGACAUGCAAGAGGUUCAACGGGCUCGCGUUAAAGCCGUUGUUGAAGGAGCUGAGGUGGGGAAAGGUUGAGAGCACGAGGAAGAACCUCGAGGCUUGGGAUCCCCUCAGUGGCGUCUACAAGAACGUGGUCAGCAUGCCGAGGAAAAUUACUAUCGGAGUGGGUUUCGAAUUUGCAUCGAACGUCAGAAACAUGGCGACAGAUAUCACGGUCGAGUACGAGCUACACGACUGGAUGUACCUGCAGCUUCCUCGAUUUACGUCCCUCAACGAGCUGAUAUUUGAAGGCACGGUAAUCUCACCCUACGUGUACACCGUUCUCGCGCAAAUACCGACCCUGCGCACACUCAGCAUCUCCAAUUGCGCCGUUUUCCCCCUCUACACUCCCUUUGCCGACCGUCGCGUCCAGCGAACGCCCACUCUCCCGGAUCUCCUCCAGCUCCCACACGGGCACACGCACCCCUUCCCCGCGGCAGCCCAAUCCCACAUUCCGGCGCUCCAUGUCCAGGCACAACACGCAGGGCUCCAACCACCCCCCGCCGCAGCGCAGGAGAGGUUCCCGUUCGAGGACCUGCCCAUCAUGCACCUUUCGUUCCAUCGGGGAGCAAACCUUGCAGACCACGACUCGGGCCCCUACCAUCCUUUGUACCUCGUCACAGCACGAAAUCUGACUUCCCUGGCAAUAACUUGGACGCCGAAUGUCGCGGCCGUGUACGCGAGGCGCAAGUGGCUCUUGCCUAAGCUCGAGACGCUCGACGUCGUCAUGCCUCUUCUCUCGCGCGACCUCAUCGACUCUCUAGUCAUUUUCGUCGGGAACUGCCCCCUCGGCCCAAGGAUCCAGCUCACAAUCGAGCGUCACAAUCUCAGUGAUCAGCAGAUGGGAACUGUCGCGAUGCCACUGAGGGGUGUGUGGUCGUACAAGGGCCCGCUCGGAUUAGCUGCAUUCUCCACGGUGCGCGAGGAGAGCGGUACGUUAACGCACAUGGUCAUGAACGAGCCGAUGGAUUUGCCAGGGCUGUUGGAUGGGAUCGAAAAGCUGCCGCGGUGUGUUCAGGACUUGGAGAUCCAGGUCAGGAAGUGGGACGUGGAGGUGUUGUUCGCCAUUCGGUCUCUCUUUCCCGAGAUCAGAAGGUUGGUGGUCAAAUACGGAUCUGGAACCUUCCCUGGGGAUUUCUUCGUGACGCUCGGAUCGAAUAUCCUCUUCGAUCUCAAAAGUCUACACACGAUCAAACUCCUCCAAGACCGCGCCUGCAACGUCACGUCUCGCCAGCUCUCAGGCGCUGGCGGCGGCGGAGGUUUCUUCAACUCCAACAUGAACCAACCCCACCCCACGCUCAUGCACACCUCCACCUCCCCUGACCUCGACGACACGUACUUCCCCUCCUCUCCGUCACUCGGCGGCUGGGUCAUCUCACGCUCGCGCGACCAGCGCGAUGAGAUCCUGGAGCGCGCGGACUUGAAGGACUACUUGAUCGGGUGGAAUCGGUAUUGCAAGGCAUUGCGGGUGGUGCAGCUCGAGAGGGCCUCGUGGUGGGAGAGGAGGUUCGAGGGCGAUCGGUGGAGCGAGCUCGAGGUGAGGAAGCCGCAGCAAGAGACGGUGGGGGAUGUGGAUGGGUUGGGGUUCUUUGUGUGA